CAUUAUUGUAUUAGAGGAAAUACAUUGUAGUAUUUAUUCCAGUUCUUUGUGUUCUGAGAUCAAAUUCUGUUGUUGAUUACAUGAAUAGUAGAGUUAAUCCAUCACCCAGUUUAACACAACCACCUGGUCUUUAGGUACCCUUAGCAGAGUCCACUCUGUUGCAAAUAUAUGGACCUCUGGUUUGGGGAUACCUUCUUUCUCCCUUCAACCAGUCAUGGAAGCUCUGUAAAGCAUGUUGGGCACUACUCUUCCUUCCUGACUAAAACCUUAGGAAAAAAGUAGGGUUCCUAAAAUAUCAGACAAGUGAGUUAAUUCUUCAUGUCCUAUUAUUGGUGCUGUAUUGCAUCCAUAACCAACACACUUAACUCUCGCUAUCACUGUCUACUUUUCAAGAUAAUCAAACCAAAUUUUCAUCAUUUCUAGCCACUCACCCAAUGAGUAUUUCUGCUAAAUUUGGUGAAAAUCCGUUCUGUCGUUUUCCAGUAAUUUUGCAAACACACAGACAAGCAAAUGAAGCCAAGUGAUUACCAUACCCUGCUUUCGAAGGAUAAAAAUAAGAAGAAAUAAGAAGAAAAACAUCUUCGCUGGCUGCACAAACUAGCUGCUUAUAGUGAAAUUGGAGACGUAUACUCGAUAGUCACCCACAACUUAUGUAAAAAAUUUUAUCUUAAAAAAUGUUUAUAAUACAUUGACCUACUAUUGUGCAUGUGUUUUUAUGCGUCUGGGUACACAUUUCCAAGGUGUCUGACCGACUGACCACUUAUCAGCUUGUUAUUACUUAUUCACAUGAAAGCUGUUAUUUUGAUAUUGUAUAUGAGAGAGUUAUUAUAGUUUUAAUAUAACUGAAAUAAUUAACAAGAAAAAGAAGAAAGAAAACUGUUUUGCAGUAACUUUUUGUUUACGCCAUCAAGUAUGUGGAGAAAAUUACUUUUAAAUUGUAUCUCGUAUUCAGGUUACAAGAAGUUUUAUAUUUCCAAUUUAACUACAUUUUCAUAUGGCAACAAACUAUAUUCAAACUAUAUGCGCCUAAGUUCGAGUUAUGAUACAAGUCGUCUAAAACGUAACACAUUCCCUAACAGCUGUUGUUAUAUAUCGAAUCUCUCAAACUCCCCAACAGCUAUCACUAAUUAUGAAGAAGAAAGAAAAACAUUUUCUGUUAAUGUACCAGAUUUCUUUAAUUUUACUUCGGAUGUUAUUCAACAUUGGGCAACCUGCCAAAAGGAUGAUGAAAAUCCCACAAAAGCACUGGCAUUUUGGUGGGUUGAUGACAAUGGUCAAGAGAUUAAAUGGACAUUUAAAGACUUGAUAAAACUAACAAACAAAGUGACCAAUAUUCUCCAGGUUUCAUGUGAUCUUCAAAAAGGAGAUUGUGUUAUGAUUAUUCUUCCACGAAUCCCAGAAUGGUGGCUGCUAAAUCUUGCAGCUUUUAAAGCAGGAACCAUUACAUGUCCUGGCACCAUACAGCUACGAGCUGCUGACAUCAAGUACCGACUACUUAAUUCUGGAGCCAAAUGCAUUGUGGCCAGUGAUGAAACACGCUCUGUUAUAGAUGAGUGUGCUGAUAGUUGUCCUGAUCUGAAGAAAAAGUUAUAUGUUGGUUCACAAUCAAGCAAGUGCUCAUCAUGGCUUAAUUUCACUGAAUUAAUGGCUACAGCUCCAGAUUCUGCUGAGGGUGUUAAAACAAGAGCAUCUGAUCCUAUGAUGUGGUUUUUCACAAGUGGUACCACAAGUCAUCCUAAAAUGACUGAGCACACUCACGCUAGUUAUGGAAUUGGUAGUUUGUCUACCACCCGAUAUCUUUUAACUGCUACUCAGACUGAUGUAAUUUGGAAUUUAGCAGAUACAGGAUGGGCAAAAUCUGCUUGGAGUAGCCUCUUUGCACCUUGGUUGGGUGGUGCAUGUGUUUUCAUUUAUCACACAACUAACCACAAAUUUGAUUCUAAAUCACUUCUACAAAUUCUGGAAAAAUACAGUAUUUCUGUCUUUUGUGCACCACCUACUGCUCUACGCUUGUUUGUUCAAGAGGAUCUAAGUAAAUAUAAGUUCAAGUCUUUGCGUCAUUGUAUUUCUGGUGGUGAACCAGUGAAUGAGGAGCUGAUUAGCCAGUGGAAGAAAGGAACAGGUCUGGAACUAUAUGAGGCCUAUGGCCAAACUGAAACAACAUUUCUCUGUGGUAAUUAUCCUUUCCUUGAAAGGAAGAUUGGGUCAAUGGGAAAGGCUUCCCCUGGAAUAAACUUACAGAUUGUAAAUGAUGAAGGAGAAGUACAACCACCAGGCACUCUUGGUAACUUAGCUAUUUGUUGCAAACCAGAUAGACCAGUUGGACUAUUUAGUAGAUAUGUUGGCGAGCCAAAAUUAACAGAAUCUGUUUUCAGGGGUGAUUAUUAUUUGACAGGUGAUAAAUGCGAAAUGGAUGAAGAUGGCUAUAUUUGGUUCAUAGGCCGAAAUGAUGAUAUAAUUCUUUCAUCUGGAUAUCGCAUUGGUCCAUUUGAAGUUGAAAGUGCUCUUAUACAACACCCAGCAGUUUUGGAAUCAGCAGUAGUCCGCAGUCCAGACCCCAUCAGAGGGGAAAUUAUAAUGGCAUUUGUGGUACUCACACAAAAAUACCAGAAUAGCAAUACUGAUGAACUGAAAAAGGAACUUCAGGAACAUGUAAAGUCCAUUACAGCACCUUACAAAUAUCCACGCAGAAUAAAAUUUGUCACUGAACUACCAAAGACAAUCAGUGGAAAGAUUCGGCGUGUUGAGCUGAGGAAACCUGAAUGGCAAACUGACUGAAAUGAAUACUUAGAAAUAUACUAAUACCUUUGCAAUUCUCAGCCUCUUAACUAUAUCAAACAUUUACUAAUACUGUUAUACACCCUUGCAAUUUUCAGCCACUUAAUGCUAUCAAACGUUUAACAAGACAGCUUUGCAAAGAUUCAUGAACAAACAUGUUAGCUGCCAACCUACUUUUAAAAUACCGUUUAUUCAGUACCUCACAUCUAAGCUGCUUCUCCCUUUUACACAAUAUUUUCAACAUAAUCUUGAGAUCUUAACACUUAUUUCAUCAACUUCCAAGAGAUUAAAUCAAUCAAAAUAGUAUUUGGACUGCAUGACUAAAGACUAAACUUGAAUUGCUUUUUCCAAAUGCCAACCUACAAUUCAAAAUAAUGCUUAUCUGUACUGUCACUCAUAUAUAGUACAAGAACUUUUCCAUGAAUCUAUGUCAUCUUUAACAAACUAACAAAUGAAAUCUGUGAAAUCUGCUUCCAUUAAUCAGAAUUUUGUGCAGUUUCUGCUGCAAAAUUCAUGUUACCACCUUUAAUCUCUCAUUCUAGAAAAUAUAUAAAAUGAUAUUAAACCAGAUUAAAUCUAUUUUUUGAAAAAUCA